AUGGCUCAAAAUCAGCAGCCUCAGCACCACCACCAGGAGCAGCCUCAGCAGCUCUCUCGCAAAGUUGCGAAAACCACCACGGCGGUGACUCUCACCGGAUCACUCCUACUGCUCUCGGCGCUGACGCUGGCCGCCACCGUCAUCGGCCUCGUCCUCGCCACCCCGGUCUUUGUGAUCUUCAGCCCGGUGCUCGUCCCUGCGACGAUCGCCGUCUUCCUUCUCGGGGCCGGAGUGUUCACCGCCGGUGGACUCGGGGCCACCGCCACCUUUGUGCUGACGUGGAUGUACAAGUACGUGUCGGGUCAGCACCCGGUCGGAGCGGACCAGCUGGAUAGGAUCAAGUCGAAAAUUGUGGGCACGGCUGAGGAUAUCAGGGAGAAAUCAGCUCAGCUUGGACAUGAAGCUCUCAAGGGAACUAAGGGAACUAAUUACUGA